CACUCAGCCCAAGAUCUCUAUUCUGUUGUGUGCUACCGAAUCGGGUCUCAGCCUUACGUUACGCCCGCCCUUUCACAUCUACACUGUCCCGCUGAAUGGAUUAGCAAAGCGUACCGUCUUUUCUUCUUCCCUUACCGUCCUACCCCGUUCUGCUUCACCCUCAGCUCGUCUCACCUCGCCUCGUCUCACCUCCUCACCUCCUCACCUCCUCUCCUCUUUUCCUCUCUUUCCCCUCGGCCAUGUCUCUCCAGAUCGACGAGACCGGCCGCAGGGGUCGCUCCAAAUCUCCCAGCGGCCGUCGCGAGCGAAGUCGAAGCCCGGCAGUCCCUCACAUAAUGGACGCUCGUGAACCCUCCUACGCCUACCCCGAAGACGACCUUGACCCUCUCGAUGACCGCGACUACGAUCGCCGCCGCCGCCACCGCCACCGUGAUGCGCCUCCACCCGAGGAUGCGCCACCUGUCGGAGGUGGAGGAGGUCCAGCAGGAUCUGGUGCCACCCCUUACCCCGAAGACGAGGGCCUGUUCCCGGGCCAUCGUGCUAUGUACGCCGGCUACCAUGACCGCCCCCCCUCAGCUUACGCUCGUGAUGGUCCUCCCUCCCCCGCCGUCGACCCGGGGUACUACCGCGGCUCCCGAGACCAGAUCCCGCCUCCCGACAAUUACCGUUCCUCUCGCGACAGGUUCCCCGACGAUACCCCUGUGCGCCGGGACCUCGAACCGGGGGAUCCCCGCGAAUAUAGGCGAGAGAAGAGAGACGAGCCGCCCCCUGUAUCGCCCAUAGACGAUGAGAAGCUCAAGUUCCUCCCCCAGAAAUACGCUCGUGCCAGUAGCAGUGCACCGGCCGAGGAUAAGCCUCGUGAUGAUGAUCGUCAGAAGAGUCGCAGGGAGCGCUAUCGGGGUCGUGACGACGACGAGGACGAGGACGACGACGAGGACAAGAACAAGGACAAGAACAAGGACAAGAACAAGGACAAGAACAAGGACAAGAACAAGGACAAGGACCGUGAGAGGGAGAGGGAAGGGGGAAGAGACCGGGAUCCCGACAGGGAGAGGGCUCGUCGGGCUCGAUAUGCUGAUGAUGAAGGGCGCGUGCGAGACCGCGAGCGAGACAGGGACAGUGAGCGAGAUCGCGACCCUGACCGCGAAAAGAGCCGAAGAGAUAGAGAUGCCUACCUGGGUGACGAUCAGGAAGAGGCGCGUCCCGAACGGCGCAUCUCGAGAGCCAAGUCGCCCCGUCCCGAAUCUCCUCCCGGGAGGUACAAAUACUCCGAUCCCAAGUCGUACGAAUACGAAUACGCCAAGGACGGCAGGCCCCGUCGCGACCGGGAACCUCGAGAGGAUAACCCACUUUCGCCUGCACCUGCACCUGCACCUGAACCUGCACCAGUGGCCUACGGCUCUGCUCACUACGGCGAUUCAUACCAGCCCCGGCGCGAACGAGAUGCGAGCCCCAACCCGGCUGUUCGACAGCCCCCCCGCGACCCUGCCUACGACCCUGCAGCACUGAGACCCCACGUCCUUACCGUCGAACCCGGCGGCGACAGGCGGGGCUCGAGACGUGAUCGAUCCCGGUCCCCGCUCCCCCCCACCGAGCGCAUGUCCUCCCUCUCGGUCGGUAAUCCCCACGGUCCCGUCGCCACCUCCCUCGCCGCCGCCCCCGGUUCCCCCCUGCUCGAGUCAUACCACGGCACCUACCAGGACAUGUCGCCCAUGCCGUCGCCCCUGCUCCUGGCUUCCCAGGGCGGCUCUCACGUGGGAGCCGAGCCCCUCUCGCCCCUCUCGCCCCUCAACUCGGAGGACGAGCGCGGCGGUGGAGGCACGAAGCGCAAUCGCCGCGCCCGCUUCCACGACCCGGAGGACAACGCCGCCCGCCUAGCCAACGCCCUCAAGGCCACCAAGCGGGACGCGCCGCCCAACACGGCGCCGCUGAUCGAGAUCCUCCCGGGCCUGACGCACGAGCAGGUGAUGGAGCUGCGGCGCGAGUACAAGGCGCUCGUCAAGACGGGGCCCGACCGCAAGGGCGUCAACGUGGCCAAGCACAUCCGGUCGCGCCUCAAGGACUCGGACCCGCAGCUCAUGAAGGCCUGCUACUCGGUCGCCCUGGGCCGCUGGGAGAGCGAGGCCUACUGGGCCAACUUCUGGUACCAGGGCGACAAGACGCGGCGGGAGCUGCUCAUCGAGAGCCUCAUGGGCCGCACCAACGCCGAGAUCCGCCAGAUCAAGGACGCCUUCACCGACCGCAAGUACGACAACAGCCUGGCCAAGUGCAUGCGCACCGAGCUGAAGGAGGACAAGUUCAAGAAGGCCGUCCUUCUCGUGCUGGACGAGCGGAGGAUGGAGGAUGUGGACUCGUACGGCCGCCCUCUCCCGCUGGACUACCGCCUCGUCGACCAGGAUGUCGACGACCUGCGUCGCGCCGUCAAGGCCGAGCGGGGUGGGGAGUCCCUUAUGAUCAGCAUCGUCGUGCAGAGGAGCGAUACGCACCUGCGGGAGAUUCUGAAGAUGUAUGAACGUUUGUACCGCAGCAAUUUCGCUCGCGAUGCCCUCAAGAAGAGCGGUAACCUGGUGGGCGAAUUGCUGGCACACAUUCUCAACGGCGUAAUCAACAAACCCGUCCGAGACGCCUUGCUCAUCCACCACGCCCUGACCGCGUCCCGCCGCGACGAGCUGCGCCGCGAGCUGCUCACCUCACGCCUCGUUCGCUUCCAUUGGGACAGGCACCACAUGGAGGCCAUCAAGAAGGCCUACCGGACCCGCUAUGGCGCCGAUUUGCAGGAGGCCGUCCGCGAGGGCACGGGCGGGGAAUGGGGCCAGUUUUGCCACGAGCUGUGCAUCUACCGUAUGCCCGAUGAUGUGAAGCGUUUUGAGAGAGCUAGGUGAUUGUCCUUGUCUUUUCUUCUUGUUCUUCUUUUUCUACUUGUUGUGCUGCAACGACACAGGCCUCGCGGGGUUGAUCUUUGCAAAUCCCAUGAAUAGCGAGCGGGACGAGAUGAUAUGAUGCAUCAGACGUUGAUAUCGAGGUGCGUGAUGGUUGACAUGAAUAUAUUCGAAUGGAGCCGAAACGCCGCCGUCUACAAUGCAAUGACAUGACGGCGUCCGCGUCCCCUGAUCUCUCCUCCCAAGUCAACCACACAACCUGAUAGUUCUCGUGUCCGAGGGAUGGAUCAUCUUAUUCUCCUAUCGAACGUGAGCGUUAGACGUUAUAAAAUAACAAGGCCAAGUGUUGAAUCAGCAAUAUAAAAUAGUCUCUGAAGGGCUUCUCCCUCAGCUUCAUCCUGCCAACAGGACCGUCCGAAACCAUCAUAAAACCAUACCAUACAAUAAUAACCUAUCAAUCCCAUUUC